AGACUUGCCGAGUUCAGCCGAGCGGAGCCGAGUUCAGCCGAAUGCAGCGAGCGGCAGCGCGGGUGCUGCGCGGGGCGCGGAGCCUCCGAGUGCUGACCCCGCCGGCACGGAGCCCGCAAGUGCUGACCCCGCCGGCACGGAGCCUCCGAGUGCUGACCUCCCUGGUCCGGACCCCACAAGUGAUGACCUCCCUGGUCCGGACCCCCCCGGUGCGGGCACGGUCGGCCUCGGCGGGGACCCCUCCGCUCGGGCUGCUCUAUGAGCGGCACGGGGAGGCCGCAGCCGUCGUGCAACUGAAGGACCUGGAAGUGCCCAAGCUGGGGGACUGCGAUGUCCAUGUCAAAAUGUUGGCAGCACCCAUCAACCCCGCCGACAUCAACAUGAUCCAAGGAACCUACCCCCUCCUGUUGCCGCUGCCCGCCGUGGGGGGGAACGAAGGUGUCGGGGAGGUGCUGGAGGUUGGGCGCCACGUGAAGGCUCUGAAACCUGGGGACUGGGUCAUCCCUGCAGACGCCGGACUCGGGACGUGGCGGACACGGGGAGUGUUCCCUGAGGAGAUGCUGCUGAAGGUGCCCAGUGACAUCCCGAUGCUCUGCGCUGCCACUCUGAGCGUCAACCCCUGCACGGCGUUCCGGCUGCUGGCUGACUUCGAGAGCCUGGCGCCCGGUGACUCCGUCAUCCAGAACGCCGCCAACAGCGGGGUGGGCCAGGCCGUCAUCCAGAUCGCCAGGGCCUCUGGCAUCAAGACCAUCAAUGUGGUGAGGGACAGACCUGAUCUCGCAAAACUGGUGGAGAGGCUGAUGGCCCUGGGUGCUGACCAUGUGAUCACAGAGGAGAUGCUGAGAAAGCCAGAGAUGAAAGAUAUAUUUAAGAGCAUCCCGAGGCCCCGGCUCGCCCUGAACUGCGUUGGAGGCAAAAGCACCACAGAGAUGCUGCGGCAUCUGCAGCCCAAGGGGACCAUGGUCACCUAUGGGGGGAUGGCAAAGCAGCCUGUGAUGGUGCCUGUGAGUGCCUUCAUCUUCCGGGACAUGCGGCUCCGCGGGUUCUGGAUGACGCAGUGGCGGAAGGACCACGCACAGGACCAGGGGAGCGUGGCUGCGAUGAUGGACGCCCUGUGCCAGCUCAUCCGCAGGGGCCAGCUGACAGCGCCCGCCUGCACCGAGGUCCCGCUUCAGGACUACAGGGCAGCGCUGGAGGCCUCCAUGAAGCCCUUUGUGUCCUCCAAACAGAUCCUCCUCCUCUGACCUGCAGCUCCUGGAGCCCUGUCCUGUUCAAAUGCUUGUCCACAGACUUGAGGGGGGAAAAGACCCUACAGAUCCAUUGAAUUUCUUUUUUUCCUUUGUUUUUCACAUUUUGGAUGCCCACUGAAAGCUUUAAAAGCCUCUGCAGCUUUGUGUGGAAGUGCUGCGGGAGGGAGGCUGCAUCUCACUGUGGCUGGGGGCAGUUUGGGAUCCCAAGUGAUGGCUAGCUCAGCUCAGGGUGUGAAAAGAGCAGCAGUUCCCCCUCAGAUGUGCUUUUGGGGCUGGCAGGGCUGUAGUUAUCCCAGCUGGAGUGUGGGAUGGGCAGGGAAGCCCUUGUUAUCUCCCUGCAGCCCUGCUGCCUCCAGGCCAGCUCCAAGUAGGAGGAGGAAGGGGCAUGGAGUGCCCCAAAUGACAAGGGGUGCUGUGGUUGGAGUGGCCCUGGGUGCUGCUGCGGCUCCUGGAGGAGCCCUGGGUCACCCCUGGCUGCGUUUGGCCAAAAGCACUGCAAGGGCCAGAGCCUCUGGCCGUGGAGGGCUGGAGCCAGACCCUCAGUGUCCCUGAAGGUGCUCCAGUCCGGGUGUGGGACAGUAACUGCGACACUGCAGAGCAAUGUGAAAAGAUUUAUUAUUGAGAACAACCAACAAUGUGUUCUUGCUUCCUCCUGUGCUGCUCUUCCACUCUAUGACCCCACAAGCUCC